GGCUGCCAGUGCGCUGUCUUCAGUCUCCGGUUGUGCACCAUUCCAGUGACGGAGGUUUUCGACUCUUUUUUUAAAUUUUUUUUGGGGGGACUUUUUUUCCGUUCGUUCGGCUUCUGUGUGACACAGUGUAAAGAAGAAAAGAGGGGACGAAGAACUUAACAGUGACUUAUCUAAAGAUAUAUAACUAAAGUUAUAAGAAGAGGAUCAAAUUUUAUUUUGAUUAGUGUUAAAUGAUAAGUGACACUAAAAGAUAUUUUCUGCAUCUUCGUCUUCAACCUCAGUGGUGAUUUCAAUGGGAAGUGUUUGUGCCUUUGGAUAUGACCUAGAAGAUUAGGAUUCCAAAAAGCAUAUGCAUCUCUUUAAGUUUCAUCAAAGUAAGAAGAAAAUCAACGGAUAGUUUAUUCAAGUCAAUUAAAAUAUGGUUAUGACAAUUCAAUUAAUAUCCUGACACCACGACCACAAUCAUCAGAUGGAAACGAUGAAAUACCCGAACGUACCAGGGGGAAAUAACAUGGCGGUCAGCGGAAACGGUGGUUCUCACGUAGAGGACGUUGAAACGGUCUUCUCGUCUUCGUGCUGGUCGAAUUCGAGUACAAACCUUCACAAUGAAUUCAUCGAUCAAAAACUGAUGUCGUUGGAGUCUCCGAUAAGUAAUUUGAGUGCUGCGGAUAAGAUGCUUGAAGCGUCAAUAACCGAAAGCGAAUCGGACGCGUUGGACAGUUUCUUAAUGAAUACUCAACCGAUUAAUAGUAGUUUGGCUGAAUUGAAACCGUUACCUCCGUUUGCUGGUUACACGGCGAAUUUAAGUAUAAACGGUAUACAGGGUCAUCAUUAUCACGCGUUAGCUCAACGGAUAACCGAAGAAAAUAAUAAUUCUUAUAAUAAUUUUAACGAGCAAAAUAUCGUUUCUAGUUCGACGUGUAACGUUUCGAAUGAUAACGAUUGCGAUACUAAAGAGGUUUUGUUCGCGGAGAACGAGUUCGAGGUGAAAUUGUCUUACGAUAUGGUGGACUCGGUUGUGACGAGCGGUAAAGUUUAUGACGAGUGCGGACAACAACAGAAUAGUGCAGUGGAUUCGGUGACGCAUAUAAAAACAGAAGUGGCGCAUUAUGAUGUUUCGGCGAUUGAUGAUAUAGCCGCGAUUAUUUCUUCCGCGAUUUCAGCUGACACUUCAGCAGCCCAACAACAACAACAGCAACAAAAUAACAACGCGACCUCGCAUUGUGGCGAAUCAGAACAUAAUCCAACAUCACGGGAUAGUUGGAUGGAUUUGGAUUCGUGGAUUAAUAGAGCUUGCGUUGAUGAACAAAAAAAUUUAAUAGUCACUCAAGAAGGUUUAUCGGAAUUUGUUGUUCCAACAACGACAAAUCAAACAUCGGAAGAAUUUAAAAGUCCGAACAGUUUAGCAACUCCCACUUUACAAAAUUUAUUAUCGUACAUGCCUUUACUACAGAAUCGAUUACAAAAUGGCCCACCACCGAAACAAGAACUUCCUAGUUCGACAAAUUACACGGGCGACAUCAUUUCAACGUCUUCACCUCCCGCAAACGUUGUAUCCACAACCGAAAAUUUAUUAUUAACCGUAAACGGAAGAUUCGUUCCUAAUUACGGGAUACAACAUUUAAACGCCGCUCAAGAUGAUCGGAUGCAAAGUCCGGAUAUGUUACAGAAUUAUCCUCACACGACGACGACAACCACAACAGUUACGCCGAAAAAAUCUCGGAAUCGAACGCAAAAGAAGCAAACAAAUAAUAGUGCUAGCGUUUACCCAUCGGAACAAAACUUAGGAUUACUCGGUAAAGAGAAACCUGUUCAUCGAUGUACAAUAUGCAAUCGGGGAUUUUUAAAUAAAUCGAACAUUAAGGUACACCUUAGAACGCAUACGGGGGAAAAACCGUUUAGAUGUGACACCUGCGCGAAAGCUUUCCGUCAAAAAGCACAUCUACUUAAACAUCAACAGAUUCAUAAACGCAUAGGGAGAGACUGAUAUAGUUACAACUAUGUUUUUACAAUUUUAGUUGAAACUGUAUUGGUUUGUUUUAUGUUAUCAAUACAAUAAUUAUACGAUAAUAAUAUUGCAAUUAAAACUGAUUUGGCCAUGAUUAUUGGAAUUCUAAUAUAUCAGUAAAAUAUUAGUUGAUUUCACCUCCAAAAUUAAUUUGUUUGAAAGUAGGAGCAACUAAAUCAACUCCUAAGUUUCUAUUAUAUCAAAUGAGCAAAUUAGCGUCAUAAAGUAGAUUUGCCAAUGAAUAAGCUAGCUCAAUUUAUUUAAAACUUUGAAUCUACUUUCCCCUGGAAAUCCCUAGAAUGAGGAGUUUUAAGGCAAAUGUUAACACACUGUAGAGAAAUUUCUUUUUGACAUAAUUAUGGUAAAUAUUCUAACCUCUAAAGAUGUUAAAACGUCAAAUAGAUGACACGUGACGUUUUAAAGAUUAUAUUAUUUUUUAAUAAAAGUCAACACCACAGUUAUAAAAUUAAUUCUAUCAAACAUAUUUGAAUUUGAUAUAAUUCACUUUUAAAUAAUGAUAUGAAUCAUAAAACACGUUUGUUAUCUUUGUAUUCGGUCUGAUAGAUGGAGUUACGUGAUCUUGUCUCGUUUGACAUAUUUAUUAAUAUGAUAUUGGCAACAAAUCACAAAGGUCUUUUUUUAAUUAAUUUUUAAAUGUGAGGAUUAAACAUAAUAAUUUUUAAUCCCUGAUAAUCUGAUUAAAUAAGAAUAAAUUUGUUACAAUUAGCAACAGUUAAUUUUGUGAAUGUUAAUAGACUUUACACUAUAAGGGUUUAUAAUAUCAGUUUAUAAGUUUAUGAUGGAAUUCUUUUUGAAUAACACAAUGACAAUUGAUUUUUAAUCAAAUUCGGUGUCAUUGAUUUAUUAUAAAAAGAACAAAGUAAAUAUGUAAAGUUUAAGUUUAAAUUUGAAAGAAAUGAAUGGACAAGUUAUUUGAGUUGCCUAUGUUUUCGGUGAUAACAUGAAAAUUUAUUAUUUUUAGUAAAAAAUCGGAAGUAUACCGUGUAAAUGAGUCAUUUUAAUUCUUCAUUUACAUUUAUAAACUGAAAAUUAUUAUAAACACC